AGCAGCUUUUAUUGUGAGGUUUGUGGUUUCGUUUUUCCUGUGAAGUCCAGAAUUUGGAGUCAACCUGAGCAAAACGAACACUACAGAUGAUCAAGAAUCAAGACUUUAACUGUUUUUGUUUUACGCAAAACGACGAAUACCAAUCAUUAUUAGAGCACCGAAAACGGCAUAAUGGCAUCCACUCGAGGCCCGCCUCCGACCUAGAAGGGUGGAGUAAGUGUUUUCCUUAGGUGGUUUGCGUCAUUGCUUGUGCGCGCGACACCUCCUGCUUUAGAGCUCUAUUCCAACCAAUCAAACUUGAGCAGAACUCGCUACUUCACCUAGCGGCGAAGUCUCUUCCGAAGCGCAUGCGCGGGGCGGGGCUGUGCCUUUGAAUCCUGGAAGCGGCGUUUAGAAGAUGAGGUUGCCGGCGGCAAGAGAGUAACAGAACAUAUACAGUAAUGUUGCUUCAAAAGAGAGUUAAGAAUUCUCAGGCACAGAAUAGAACUUCUAUUCAGCAAGUUAAGAAUACUUUUCAAGCCAGUCUCUCAGCCUGAAAAGUAAAACAGAAACCAAGUGACUCAAAGAUCAACUUGGGAAAGAAACAGUCUUGUGGAAGCUCAUGAGCAUGCGGAUGAAGACACUCUGCAAGUAGCAGUAGAAUACUUUGAGAAAGACAUUGAUUAAGCUGUCCACUACCUAUCAGUAUGCAAGGUACUACAGACACAACCAAAAAAUACCUUCCCAGCAGAGGCUGCCAAAUGGGCACAUAGAUUUGUCUACUCUCUAGGAAAUGCUAUAAGUACACGUAUACUGAAGUGCAUGAUUCCAGCAACCUUAAUAUCAGAAGAGUCUGUGGUUAAAGCAGUCUCCUGGCUCUGUGCUGACAAGUGUUCUGGUAUCACCAAGGUUGAAAUCCUCGAUCAAAUAGUCUCAAAAUAUGAUCUGUGGACCCUGGGGGCCUCCUGCAAUCUGAGUGCUGGGGAUUGGACCCAGGGCCUCGUGCACGCUAGUGCCCUUGUGUGUGCCACUUGUUGUAUUUACUCACCAAAAAAAGACAAUGUCAAACCUUUUCAUGCAAGAAAAUUGCUUAAACUUCAGGCCAAAAUGGGAACGCAACCUCAUCUCCAGGCUUUGUUGUCAUGGUGUGUUUUUGCUCCUGCUUUGAUUUCUGUGUCUGCCCAGAAGGAAGAAGUGCUGGAGAGCAAACCCAGAGCCUCAUCUUUCCUAGCUGCCCUCUCAGGCUCAGUGUUAAACAACUCUCUGCUACUUCACUAUACGAACUAUGUCAGAGAUGAGUCACUCUCACUGAGCCUCUACCACUGGUUGAGUCAAAACUUUCAAGAAGGGUCUUGCUGUGCAAUUCAGGCUGACCUUGAACUCACUAUGUGGCCAAGGCUGGCCUUGAACUUGCAGCAAUUCUCAUGCCUCAGCCUCUUGAAUUCUGGGAUUACAGCUGUUCAUGCCAACAGAUAUAAUAAAUGAAACAAAAGAAUGAAAAUGGCACAGGGCUUCAAAAAAAGAAAAUGGGGAAUUAACGAUGGCUACCUCCUUCAGAAGAAAAUCCUCCUCCCCAGAUGCUACACUUGGUACUGUGUACUGGUAUCUUUUGAUCAGACCACUGGCCCUAGACCUACAAGGUCAGUAAAACACCAAAAUACCACAAGCAUCAAACUGCAUUUCACCUCAGUAGUCAUCAUUGCAAGCUGUGUUUCGCUGAAUAAGCCAGUCACUGAUAGGUGGGUAUUUUGGCUCUUGUUUGCCAGCCCAUGAUCCAGAAGGGGGGGAUGGGGUCUGGCUGUCCCCCCUGCCAGUGGUGGCCCACACAUGGUGCUGGUUUGCAGGGUGUGCUUGCUUCUUGGUGAGGCCUUGUUCUCUCCCUCUGCAGUCUGCAAGUAGCAGUGACUCAGGGAGAAAGGCUUGAGUCUGGCUGUACUCCUGCCAGCAGUGGGCCCACACAUGGCACUAGUUUUCAGGGAGGGCUCACUUCUUGAUGAGGCCUUGUUCUCUCCUGUCACAUUUUUUAUAUUCUUAAUAGUAUCUUUAUUCAUGCUUUUAAUUAAGUUUAGCCAUUUUCAUAUAGCUAAUACUUUUGGUAUCAUACUUUAAAAAGUAUUUGUCUGAGUUAGGGAUGUAGCUCACUGCAAGAAUACUUGCUUAGCAUGCAAGGAGGACACUGGGUUCCAUUUCCACUGCCAAAAAACAAAAAAAAUCAAGACAAUAUUCUCUGAUGUGUAUUCACAGAACAGGAAUCAGCAAGCUAAACUCAAAGGCCAAAUGUGAUCCACAUGCAUUUAUUGGAGCACAGCUAUAGACAUUCAUUUAUGUAUUAUCUGUGGCCACUUUCACACUAUGGAUUCAAAUUAGUGUGACAGCUCAAAUGAGCCACAUCCUACAAUAUUUAGUAUUUGGCCCUCUGCAAAAAAAAAAAAAAAAAAAAAAAAAAUUGCUAAUUUCUGUUCCAGAUCAUUUUGCUCUAUGAUAUAUCUCAAAUUAAUUUUUAUAUAUGAUUUGAGAUAGUUUAUUUUUUUCGGUAUAGAUAUAUAGUUGGUCAAUCAUUAUUUGUUUAAAAACCACCCUUUUCCUAUAGAAUUGUAAUGGUCUUUUUAUUAUAUAUCUGAUAAGUUGAUAUGAGUAAUUCUGUUUCUGUACUCUCUAUCCUGUUCCAUUGGUUUAUUUGACUAUGAUGGUACAAAUACCACACUGUCUUAAAUAUUGUAGCAUUGUAACAAAUCUUUUUUUUUUUAGUUUAUUGAGACAGGGUCUUGCUAUGUAGCUCAGGUUAGCUGCGAGGGUCACUAUGUAGCACAGGAUGGACUCAAAUUCAUGACAGUCCUCCUCCUUCAGCCUCCCAAGUGCUGGAAUUACAGGUGUGCACCACCAUACUCAGUUACAAAUCUUGAUAUUGAUAUCUGAUAGUAUAAGCCCUUUGGUUUUGUUGCUUGUUUUAAGAUUGCUUUGGCUCUUCUAGGACUUUUGCAUUUCUGUGUAAAUUUAAUUUUUCAAUUCUAUUUUAAUUGAAAAUAAUUGUAUAUAUUGUCAUGAGACAAUGUGAUGUUUGACAUAUGAAUAAAAUGUGGGAUGACUAAGUCAAGCCAACCAUU